CCCACUCCCAGACCAAAAAAAACCCACAUCUAUAUUUUCAAUGCUAUGCUUUUCAAACAAAAAUUUUUUUUAGUUGUUUUUCUUCCCGUUUUUAAAUUUAGAGCUACUUCGCAUGAUACAACUGUGAAUUUUCUGAUCCGUUAUCUGCAUCCUCCCACCUAAGGCCUUAUUUUAAAGUGACAGGUGAGAUCAUUCUGUCACUUGUUUUGAGACUCAAAGAGAAACGGUUAAAAACAGCCGACCAGCUGGUUGUCAUGCACUCGAAACCAAAUGCUGUUUUCACACAAAAAGGCUCCCAACCUAUCUCGAUGCUACUUUUGAAUCCGUUAUUGUUGCAUUUCCUCUUUUUCAUAAUUUUCACUUGAAUAACUACAAAAACACCUAGCAUGCGAAAGCAGGAAUUUCCUUCCAAAUGCUGUUUCGUUAGUUCGUGCACAACUUCACGCUGAGCUUCUUGUGGACUCGACUUUUUUUAGCCCGACUUCUCGUCAGUGGACAGGAAAAGUCCCAGCGGUUUGUAGCAGAAACAAACGUCACAGUGAUGUCAGUGUUAGUAAAGUAAGAUAUUAUUAUAUCGGUCUGAGGUGAAACAUAGACUCUGCUUCUUGCUCUUCUCUUUAUCUACAGAUGCUGCAUUUGCAUCUUGUCAUUUCGCUGAAGAAAAGUUUGACUUAAGCAGAACAGCUGCAUGGAAGCCAAGAUGGAGAAAACCUGGAAGCCUAUACUGGGCUUAUUGUUGCUGAAGUCACUCUUCUGCUGUGGACAAGCUCACGCACCCAAACCUCAGCCUGUCCUCUCUGUGUCUCCAUCAUGGCCGAAUCCUGGAGCCUCAGUGACUCUGAGCUGUGAGGGUUUGGAGCUUCAAUCAGCAGGAUGGAGGUUCUUCUGGUAUAAAACUGUUCCUGAUACAACCAAGCGCAACUAUCGACCAUCCUACACCUAUGAGCUGCUUCCUGGCAGCACCAAUGGUACUGAGCAGAACUCCAUCAUUAAUGGACCGACUCUCACAGCAGGAUUUGUGUGCAGAGCAAAAAGAGGAGAACAAAAGUUUUACUCUCAUUACAGUAAAGUAAAGUUUGUCUGGUCUGCAGAUCCUCGUCCAGCAGCUUCUCUCUCAGUGAAUCCUGACAGAGUUCAACACUUCAGAUCUGAAUCUGUGUCUCUGAGCUGUGAGGGAAACUCUACUGAGUGGAGAGUGAUGAGGUUUAGAAAAGGAAAAGGACUGUCAUCCUGCUCCAGCUGGGGGACAAUGAAUGGAUCUACAUGCAUCAUUAAACCAAACUCGUUGAAUAGUGGAGUGUACUGGUGUGAGUCAAAAUCUGGAGAGUUUAGCAACGCUGUCAACAUCACUAAACAGACUGAUUAUCAUUAUGGUAUUAUCCUGGUGAGCCCUGUUCAUCCUGUGACUGAAGGAGAUCCUGUUACUCUGAGCUGCAGAGAUAAAAAUCAAAAUCUUCUCUCCAAUGUGUUUUUCUAUCACAAUGAUAAACUCAUCAAUAAUGACAGCAGAGAGGAGCUGAAGAUCUCUGCAGUGUCAAAGUCAGAUGAAGGUUUCUACAAAUGUAAACAUUCAGGAAGAGAAUCACCAAGGAGCUGGAUUAGAGUAACUGGGUGCAGUCCUGCCAGCUCUUUAUUUCUUGUGCUGAUGGUCAUCGGACCCAUUGUCAAAAUCGUUCUGGUUCUCCUCCUGCUCUUGUUCUUGUGCUGCAGACGGAACAACGUGGCAGAUGAACCCAGAGCUCCUACAUACUCCCAGAUUGAACUGAGAAACUUCAGGGAAAACUACUCAACUCCAACUUAUGCUAACAUCAACUAUCUGAGAAAUUAUAAAGGAAAGAGAAAUCCUGCAGCAACAGAUGCAGUUUAUUCUUAAAUCAGAACAGGAGCAACUGUGGGUAACGAUAUCAUGUAGCUUCACAUUUUACUGGUUUAUUACCGGAUUUAUCACACAAGGUAAUCUCACACAUUUCAUGUGCUUUUAAAAGUCUGUACAGAACUGUGUUAGACUCCCUCAUUUUCUGAAAAUCACUUUCAGUUAUGCUGAAAAAAAAAAAACUCCAGAAAUUAUUAGUCAUGUGCACAGAGGCUAUGGUGAAGUUUGAAUACAUUAAAUAUUUUUGUAUAUUUUUUUAUGGCUUAUUUUACAAAUGCAUAAUAUGUUUUACAAUAUCUCCCACUCCCAGUAUUUUUUUAACCUUAUAAUUCUAAUUCAUAUAUUUUUGUUUUAGUUAUUUGAUUUGUUUUUAUGUUGCAAUUUUAAAAUAUUCUGUUACUGAUUGAUGAGUCACCGUGCGUUUAUUCAAAACAAAUCCACAGUUUUUAAUCUAAUAUCAAGCUAAUGCUAAAUAUCUAAUAACAAAAAUCACUAUAUAUCGUUUUCCAAUGAUAAAUAUCAUUAGAUAAUGAUUUUUAUCUAAUCAUUUGUAUCUAAUGUUAAAAAGCUGCCAGAAAUGCUGAACUUUAACCACAAUGUACAGAUUUCUGAUUGCUGAAUGUGUUCAUUUAUGACUGGUCUACAUUAUUUUAUGCCUCUUUUUAAAUCAAUUUCUUACA